GAUGAUGCUAUCGCACUGAAACAGACCAAUGGUGCAACAUUCGAGUGCUUGAAUAUUUUCUAUUCACAUGGCUUAUCGAUCGGCUCUGUCUCGGAAGGCAAUGUCGUGCAAAAUGUUGUAUUCAAGGACAUUGAACUCACAGCCCCUGAAUACGCGGUUCGAAUCAAGGCUAAGAAAUUCUCGACCGGCUUAGUGCAAAAUGUCUACUACACUAACAUCUUGGCUCACCAAGCCAACGUCACUGCUAUUGGGAUACGUGACGAUUACUUGGAUCCUGAUGCCGACUUCAAGCCCGACUCGGAUGUCAUGAUUAAGGGCAUCCACUUUACAGACUUCACUGCCACA